AUGUCGGAGCGAUGCAGCUCGUCUCCUUGUCUUUCAUCAUGGCGUAGAGCUCGUCCUCCGCGUCGUCCAAAAGCCUGUCUUCCACCGUUCUUCCGCAGCAGCUCUCUCCCUCAUCUUGUCCUGUUCACCUCUCUGCCUCCACCAGCCUGUGGUGCGUCUCUGCGCAGCAGUCACAGCGUCCUUCCCACGUUCUUCGCCCCCUCCCCCCUUCUCGUUUCCAAUUGGAGCCGUUCUCAGCAGGAGCAGCCUGUGACCUCAAACUACUCUUCUGUUACUGUGGUGCUUCCGUCCUCUUCGUCUUCUUCAUCCUCUCCGUGCCCUGCGUCCCCUGAACUUCUCAUCCCACGGCAGCAGGACACGUCCCACAGCCCCAGCUCUGCUGAAGAGGUGCUCCGCCUGCCUCUGGGGAUAGAACAGUGUGACGGUGAGGCCCAUGGGGCGCUAGAUGAUGGCUACGCAGAUGCCAAGCACCUGGAAGAAGAUGAUGAUGAAGAGGUACAGCCUCCUUGCCCGUAUGAGCCUCACAGCUGUUCUGACUAA